AUGGCGGACGGUAGAGGAGAAUGCUCCAUCUUCUUUCGAUUUUAAAUAUUUAUCCCUGUAGAACGCGUCAAAUCGGCUGCAGCAGCGUUGUAAACCAUGAUUUAAUUUAGUUAGUAUGGUAUUCAUGGACAGAAUUAGAAGCUUUUCGAAGAGAUGUAAGAUCUAAUAGUCAUUCGUUUUCCUAAAUAACUCGCCUAGAGCAAGCCGAAUUUGUUCGUGCUCUAGAACAGUAGAAGAAUGCAUUCAAGGGCGCACAUGUUACUCGAGAAAGAGUGGUUCAAAUUGCAAAAGGAAGAACUUCCUUGGGGCAUUAAGGCCAAUCCACUAAAGGAGGAUGUGGACAUGUUUACCUGGGAAGGAACCAUAAAAGGCCCUAAAGACACAAUGUGGGAAGGUGGUGUUUUCAAGUUAUAUCUUCAAUUUGAUGAGUGCUACAAUGACAGACCACCAAAGAUUUUCUUUCACACAAUUCCCUUCCAUCCAAAUGUUGAUCCAGAAACGGGUCAAGUGUGUACAGACUUCCUUGAUGAUUCAAAUUGUUGGAAAGAGUUUUAUUCAGUUUCUUACAUGCUGCUCAGUAUCCAGCUGCUGCUCCCAAAUCCUGUUCUUGAGGAUGCUGUAAAUCCCAGUGCUGCCAGAAUUUUUGCUUCUUCGCCAAGUAGUUUCAGACAGACUGUGCUGGACUGUGUUCUUGCUAGUAAGAGAGUUGAAGUUGGCCUCAAACCCCAUACGGCCGAGGAAGUCGACCUGACUCGAAUGUCCCCAAAAGAUUCCGCACCGCCCGAAAGAACUCCUGACGAGAGUAAGAAGAGCUCGAAAAUCGGAAAAGUUUCGUUUGACGACUAUCACGCCAUGUGGAGUGGAAUAGCCACAACAAAACCGGUCUCGAGUUCUAACAAUCCGCUAAGUGAGGUUCUCAAAGCCGAUUCCAAUCUGCAAGUCACACACUUUGGACUGCCGCAACAGGAAUUACACGAAGAAAUUCACAAACAACUGACUGAGCAUAACGCCGUAAUGUACGGCAACUUUGAUACUGGACGAGAUGGCCGGGACUUGACGGAACUGAAGUCUACUAGGAUUCAAUUGCUGAAACAGAUUUACCUGCCUAAACAGCAAGGAGGUCUUUCCGGCACGGACACUCCUGUAUCAAGAACUCAUACAUGUGCCCCUUCACCAUCGGCAACAAUUGCGAGGGGCCUGGAGCCUCAUGACCAGGAGGUCGAGGAGCUGUUGGCGUGGACUAAUACGUUGCCUUAGUAACUACGAAGUUGAUACGACGAAGUAUGUGAAGUGAUAGCCGCGUCCUAGUUGGCGCCAAAACUGACAUGGUUAAUUAACUGUUCUUAUUGAGCACUGGUGGACCGAUCCACCAGAAUUUUUUCACGCGUGUGUGAAUGAAGACGUUUUGCGGGGAAGGGGUACCGCAAACAUCAAUUGUCAAACGCUUUAUUAUUUCAAAAAUAAAAUAGAACGAAAGGAAGAGUGAAAAGGGUGUGUUUUGGUUCGUAGUAUGCGACUCGAGGUAGGCGCCAUCAUUUUGUUUACAUGGCUUUACAAGAGCAGUGCUGAGCUAUUAUUCUGCCAACUAGAUCUUUUGUUACGCCAUGUCUUCGUUGCCGUUGCCGUUGCCGUCGUGGUUUGCUGAAGGUCCCUAAUAGUAAGACCACAAAUGCAGAAAUACACGCGUGUUUUUUUA